GGACAGCAUGCCAUGCUGACUCAGACCGGAAGUUGUUCGGUGUGUCCCUGCUGCAGCACAGACGAGCAGCUGCAAAUACCGAGAGAAAAGACGCACUCGACUGUCAUCUGCGUUUCUCUUGAAUUAAGUGCUUCAGUUAUGUAUUACACACUGGACGCUGUGCGAUCAGAUAUAUCAGUUUGGCUUUCACUGCGGUCAAACUGAGAUUGUUUAUAGUGAGCAUGCACAGUAUCCGGGAAGAAAGCGCACAUCUCCCCAGCUGUAGCCGCGCGCGCAUGUGCUCAGUAUGUUAGCUGUGUGUUGUUGAGCUGGCUGUGACACACACCCGAGGAGGAUCUCUCCCGGUUCGCCUCGUUUAAUAUUAAUGCGAUAACGCUGUCACGCGCUUAUAACGCAGGCUUGAGUCGCGUCGUGGUGCAAUGGCGUCCACGCACGAGACCAGCUUCAGAUCUGUCUGUUGCUGAAAACCCCACCAGACUGAAACCUGCGGCGGACCAGCAUGAGAGCAGGCUGAAGCUAAAGGUGUCAUCGGCCGCAUGCGGAAGCGCACGCCUCUUGUUCCAGACAGCAGAAGUGCAGAGAGGAUUUUGUGGUCUGAUAACAUGAGGAGAGUCGUCAGACAGUGGCAUUGUCAGCCCAGCAGAAGGCUGCUCAUUGCUCUUCUGAGCUUGGCGUUGAUUUCGCUGGCUCUUUUGAAGCUGCCUCUCUUUCACCCGGACCCAAAGCCUGUGGAGGUACCAGUAGACCCCGUCUACCGAGAGCGUGUCCAUUCCUAUGUCCGAGAGAUACUGGCCAAAGAAUGCAGACCUUCUUUUGCCCGGCAGAAAAUGGAAGCUGAACAUUCCAGCUCCACACCAGUGCUAGAGCCCUUUUUGGACAAGAACACUAAUUUGAAAGAACAAAUAUUCCAAUAUUCUCCACCGUUUGGUUUCCUGGAUAUGAAGAACAAGCUUCAGGAGAUCCUGGACCUCCUACCAGCCUCCUCUGAGGAGAGACGUGGAGGGAGGGACUGCCGUCGAUGUCUAGUGAUUGGAAAUGGAGGGAUACUGAAAGGAUUAGGGCUUGGACCUCUUCUUAAUCAGUUCGAUACCAUCAUCAGACUGAACAGCGGUCCUGUGCGAGGUUUCAGUGCAGACGUUGGGAACCGCACCUCCAUCCGGAUGAGUUAUCCUGAGGGCUCUCCGAAGGUCUGGGAGGACACAGAUUCGGAUAUCAGAUUUGUGGCUGUGAUCUAUAAGUCUGUCGACUUCCACUGGCUUCGUGCAAUGAUUACCAACACGUCCGUUUCGCUGUGGGACUGGCUGUUCUUCUGGCAGAAUGUGCCGGUGAGUGUCCCGCUCAAGGCCUCCCAGUUCCUUCUGCUGAAUCCAGAGAUUAUUAGAGAGACGGCCUUGGAUCUGCUUCACUAUCCCAAUGUUAAAAAACGGCUGUGGGGCUGGGACCAGAAUGUCCCUACGUUAGGGGUGUCUGCGCUCAAUCUGGCAACAUACCUGUGUGACGAGGUGAGCUUAGCAGGCUUUGGCUAUAACCUCAGCCAGAAGGACGCUCCUCUCCAUUACUAUGACCACAGACCCAUGACAUCCAUGCUAAAGGAAGCCAUGCAUGACGUGCAGACCGAGACGGCUUUCCUCAAGCGUCUGAUAACAACAGGCAGUAUUUCUGACCUCACAGGAGGAAUCCACUCCGUCUUCUGGUGAGGGACAGACUCUCUGAGUGGCACGUGUGAGGAAGACUUCACACAAGUGAAGGAAUAAUCAUUGAAACACUACUAACGAACUGCUGAGUAUUUUACCAUUUACUGCUGUGAUACUGAUGCUCUGAAUGUUCUAUUUUAUAUCAAAACUAAU